GAAUCACAUUUAUAAAAAUGACUCGAAACAGCAAUAUUCGUUACAAGCAAACGGGAACACACGCGGAAGUGCUCGAUAUUUUGACUUACAUCUUUGAUUUAAAUCUUUAAAAAUCAGGUGGUCAAAACGUAUAAAUAAAUGAAUUUAAAGAUAAACGAAUCAGGAAAAAAUAUGAUAAAGAUAAUCAUUGGAAGUCUGCUAUUCGCAGGAUUUAUUUCUUCUGAAGCAAAAGACCCAUGCGCGAUUCCGUUGCAGCUCCAAGGCCACAUGAUCACUGUGACACAUGUGAUCGGUGACAAAGUCAAACCGCUGACAGAGAGUUCCGUCUUCAACUACGAUGGAGUCGGUCAGCGGAUUCACUCAAAAAUCACUUUUGAUACCGGGGAAUCACAUACGCACAUCAAGAUGUAUAAGACGAAGCAAUGGUUCAUCAUUUCUUCAGAUGGCUCCUGUAAGGUUACCAAGCUAACGGGGCGCUUUCCAUUGCUUCAAAUCCCUAAAGGCAGUAUCGAGUCAGGAAACACGUCUUCGGUCAUUGUGUACAGCGGUAGCGAUAAUAAAGGACAAUACUUGAUUACAGUCACCGAAAAGACAUGUCUGCCAUUAACAUGGACUGCAUUUGUUUCUCUGGAAUCCGAUAGGUACAUGGUCAAUCAAAGGUAUUUCAGCGACGUGAAAGACUGGAUCGACUUGAUGAAGUUCGUUCCACCAACCUCCUGCACACGCAGACCUCGACUUGGCCGUAUAGGGUUGCCAUGGUGAUACGAAGAUCUUGCCUUGACCCAAUCAGAGGCCCAGUAGUCCAUCCGGUUGGCUCCGUAGAAGCUUUAUGUGACUACCAGUCAAGACUCGGAUUAUCAAAUAUUUAAUUCAAAUCAUAAAAAUUGAUUUUAUUUAUUUUAUAUUGAUUUUAUAUAUUUAAGGAUGGCGGGGAUUCCGUCUGGCAUGUAUGAGAAAAAUAAACGAAAUCAAAC